CCCGCUGGUGCGGGCACAAGUCUCUCAAAACCCCCAGGCCUGUCUUCACUUGCUCCCAUUCACACCUUUAAGAUUCUGGAGACCAAGAGUCGAUUGGGAUUCACAGCCUGUGGAGCUCCCCGUUGUGGCGGGAGGCAGGGAGCCGCAGGGCCUGGGACCCGAUGGGGCUGCUCAGGCCGCAGGAGCGAGCGCGGAGGCCAGGCCAGAGAGAACCCCAGAGAUGAAGGGUCUUCUCACACUGGCUUGGUUCCUGGCUUGUAGUGUGCCUGCUGUGCCAGGGGGCUUGCUGGACCUCAAGUCCAUGAUCGAGAAGGUGACCGGAAAGAACGCCUUUACGAACUACGGCUUCUACGGCUGCUACUGUGGCUGGGGCGGUCGGGGGACCCCCAAGGACGGCACCGACUGGUGCUGCUGGGCGCACGACCACUGCUAUGGGCGGCUGGAGGAGAAAGGCUGCCACAUCCGGACACAAUCAUACAAAUACAGAUUUGCACGGGGACUGGUCACCUGUGAGCUCGGGGCCCUCUGCCAAGUGCAGCUCUGUGACUGUGACCGGAAGCUCGUCUACUGCCUCAAGAGGAACCUGAGAACCUACAAUCCCCGUUACCGAUACUUUCCCAACAUCCUCUGCUACUAGAUGCCCUCAGUGAGCACCUUGCUGACCAAACGUUCCCCCGCUUCUACUAUGCAGAGCUCACUGACCCUGCUGGGUUCCCGAGAGAGGCUGGCGGUCCUGGACCUCCUCCUCUCUCCAUGGUCCGCGGGGCCUGGCGGAGCCCCAUGGCCGCACCCCACGUCCAGAGAGUCCCAGGAGAAGGACUCUGGUCACAGGACCCAGGAAGUUCCCCUUGAGAGAUUAGCCCUCUGAUGCUGAGAGCCUGGCCCUCACCCCAGGCUGCUGUCUCCCCGUUUGCUCUGAGGACAGCGCCCCUUCUCCGGGAAGAUACGUUUACUUUUCAGUUUCUGCAGUAGGAUUAUCGCUACGACCCUCUAGAGAAUUUUUACCCCAGGAAGAAGGAAAAUUGACCCCCUAAAAUUCUGCCACAGAGCUGUUAAGAAAUGUAUUCUUUAGAAAAUUUUUUAAUGUUUAUUUAUUUUGGGGGGCUUAGAGAGAGAGAGAGAAAAUGA